ACGAAAGAGAUCUUUCUUUCUCUCUUUCACGGAGUUCAGGAAAAUGGCUGAGGCGAGUAUUUCAGUAGAUCAGCUUUCAGUGGAUCAGUUCAUCUGUCCAGUGUGUCUGGAUCUCCUGAAGGAUCCGGUGACUCUCUCCUGUGGUCACAGUUUCUGUAAGGUGUGUAUUAAUGGCUGCUGGGAUCAGGAGGAUCAGAAGGACGUCUACAGCUGUCCUCAGUGCAGAGACACUUUCACACCAAGGCCUGUUCUACGCAGAAACAACAUAAUGGCUGAAGUGGUGGAGAAACUGAAGAAGACUGAAGUCCAAGCUGCUUCUCCUGAUCACUGUUACGCUGGACCUGGAGAUGUGGAGUGUGAUUUCUGCACCGGGAGAAAACACAAAGCCGUCAAGUCCUGUCUGAUGUGUGUGGCUUCAUUUUGUGAAACUCAUCUCAAACCUCAUCUUGAAAUUCCUGCUUUGAAAAAACACACAUUAAUUGAAGCCUCUGGAAAUCUACAAGAGAAGAUCUGCUCUGAACACGAUGAAGUUCUGAAGAUCUUCUGUCGUACUGAUCAGAGAUGUAUUUGCUCUUUGUGCAUGUUGGAUAAACAUAAAGGCCACGACGCUGUAUCAGUUGCAGCAGGAAGAGCUGAGAAACAGAGUGAGUUAAAGGAGGAGCAGAUGAAAUUCCAGCAGAGACUCCAGGAGAAGCAGAAGAAGGUGCAGGAGCUGAAACAGACUGUGAACACUAUAAAGCUCAGUGCACAGACAGCAGUGGAGGACAAUGAGAGGAUCUUUACUGAGCUGAUCAGCUCCAUGGAGAAAAAGCGCUCUGAGGUGACGGAGAUGAUCAGAGCUCAGGAGAAGGCUGAACUGAGUCGAGCUGAACGACUCCUGGAGCAACUGGAGCAGGAGAUUGAUGAUCUUCAGAGGAGAGUCACUGAGAUGGAGAAGCUUUCACACACACACGAUCACAUCCAUUUCCUCCAGGCUUUAGCUUCUGGACCUCAGUCUCCUCUAUUAAACAGACCAGAUUUUGACACGUCCAGCAUCAGGGUCCCUCAACAUCUGUCAUUUGAUGGAGUGAAGAAUUCUCUCUCAGAUCUGAAGAAGAGACUGGAGGAAUUCUGUGAGGAGGAAUUCAACAAAAUCCCUCCACAUGCUGCAGCAGUUCAGAUCAUUUCACCACCAGAUCCACAGAACAGAGAAGAGUUUCUGAAAUAUUUCUGUUCUCUGACUCUGGAUCCCAACACGUCACAUCGUAAACUCAUUCUGUCUGAGAAGAACAGAGAAGUGACAGUCAAUGAGAGUAUACAGCAGUACUCUUAUCAUCCAGAGAGAUUUGACUUCUGGCGGCAGGUGUUGUGUAAGGAGAGUGUGUGUGGACGCUGUUACUGGGAGGUGGAGUGGAGCGGUGAUGGUGGUGUGUACAUAUCAGUCUCAUAUAAAGACAUCAGGAGGAAAGGAGAUGAUAUUCAGUGUGUGUUUGGACACAACGAACUGUCCUGGAGUCUGUAUUGUUCUUCUUCUCUCUCUUUCUAUCAUAACAACAUUAAGACUGAUCUCAGAGGUCCACCACCCUCCAGAAUAGGAGUGUAUGUGGAUCACAGUGCAGGAACUCUGUCCUUCUACAGCGUCUCUGACACCAUGAAGCUCCUCCACAGAGUCCACACCACAUUCACUCAGCCUCUAUACGCUGGGUUCAGGCUCUACUGGUGUUCUGGUUCUUCAUCUGUGAGAUUGUGUGAUCCACACACACAACCAGGAAGUUUCAGAGAAAACAAAAGAUCUCUCUCUUUCACUGAGUUCAGGAAAAUGGCUGAGGCGAGUAUUUCAGUAGCUCAGCUUUCAGUGGAUCAGUUCAACUGUCCAGUGUGUCUGGAUCUCCUGAAAGAUCUGGUGUCUCUCUCCUGUGGUCACAGUUUCUGUAAGGUGUGUAUUAAUGGUCACUGGGAUCAGGAGGAUCAGAAGGCCGUCUACAGCUGUCCUCAGUGCAGAGACACUUUCACACCAAGGCCUGUUCUACGCAGAAACAACAUGCUGGCUGAAGUGGUGGAGAAACUGAAGAAGACUGAAGUCCAAGCUGCUUCUCCUGCUCACUGUUACGCUGGACCUGGAGAUGUGGAGUGUGAUUUCUGCACCGGGAGAAAACACAAAGCCGUCAAGUCCUGUCUGGUGUGUGUGGCUUCAUUUUGUGAAACUCAUCUCAAACCUCAUCUUGAAAUUCCUGCUUUGAAAAAACACACAUUAAUGGAAGCUUCUGGAAAUCUACAAGAGAAGAUCUGCUCUGAACACGAUGAAGUUCUGAAGAUCUUCUGUCGUACUGAUCAGAGAUGUAUUUGCUCUUUGUGCAUGUUGGAUAAACAUAAAGGCCACGACGCUGUAUCAGUUGCAGCAGGAAGAGCUGAGAAACAGAGUGAGUUAAAGGAGGAACAGAUGAAAUUCCAGCAGAGACUCCAGGAGAAGCAGAAGAAGGUGCAGGAGCUGAAACAGACUGUGAACACUAUAAAGCUCAGUGCACAGACAGAAGUGGAGGACAAUGAGAGGAUCUUUACUGAGCUGAUCAGCUUCAUGGAGAAAAAGCGCUCGGAGGUGACGGAGAUGAUCAGAGCUCAGGAGAAGGCUGAACUGAGUCGAGCUGAACGACUCCUGGAGCAACUGGAGCAGGAGAUUGAUGAUCUUCAGAGGAGAGUCACUGAGAUGGAGAAGCUUUCACACACACACGAUCACAUCCAUUUCCUCCAGGCUUUAGCUUCUGGACCUCAGUCUCCUCUAUUCGAUAGACCAGAUUUUGACACGUCCAGCAUCAGGGUCCCUCAACAUCUGUCAUUUGAUGGAAUGAAGAAUUCUCUCUCAGAUCUGAAGAAGAGACUGGAGGAAUUCUGUGAGGAGGAAUUCAACAAAAUCCCUCCACAUGCUGCAGCAGUUCAGAUCAUUUCACCACCAGAUCCACAGAACAGAGAAGAGUUUCUGAAAUAUUUCUGUUCUCUGACUCUGGAUCCCAACACGUCACAUCGUGACCUCAUUCUGUCUGAGAAGAACAGAGUGGUGACAUUCAGUGAGAGAAAACAGCAGUACUCUGAUCAUCCAGAGAGAUUUGACUCCUGGUCUCAGGUGUUGUGUAAGGAGAGUGUGUGUGGACGCUGUUACUGGGAGGUGGAGUGGAGCGGUGAUGGUGUGUCCAUAUCAGUCUCAUAUAAAGACAUCAGGAGGAAAGGAGGUGAUAAUGAGUGUGUGUUUGGACGCAACAAACAGUCCUGGAGUCUGGAAUGUUCUUCUUCUUCUCUCUCUUUCUAUCACAACAACAUUAAGACUGAUCUCAGAGUUCCAUCAUCCUCCAGAAUAGGAGUGUAUGUGGAUCACAGUGCAGGAACUCUGUCCUUCUACAGCGUCUCUGACACCAUGAAGCUCCUCCACAGAGUCCACACCACAUUCACUCAGCCUCUAUACGCUGGGUUCAGGCUCUACAGGUGGUUUGGUUCUUCAUCUGUGAGAUUGUGUGAUCUAAAAUAAUGUGUGUAGUGUUUUGUGUAACAUUCCUCCACAUUACCACAUUAUUACUCCAUCAUCUGUUUAACACACAAUCCAGCUGCACAAAAAACAUUUUCAUUGUAAAUUAAAACAGAUUCAUCCUGGAUGAUGAACCAUAUCAGAACCAUAUAAAUCCAAGUUUGUGUUAAAUAUUAUGACCAAAGUUUUGAAAAUAAAAGAUCAGACCACAGAAGAACGGUGUGAA